AUGAUUCAGGACGGCAUUCAAAAACCCAUUGAGGAACCUGCGGAAAGAAGGCCAACUCUCAAUCUGGAAACGAUUCGCGAAUUGGUUCGAUCUCAAACGGGCGAAACAGCAGAUCUGAAGCUUGAUGAAGAUGGCCGAGAGUUAUUGUUUACGGGCGAAUUGAAGGCGUCUCUCACUGACACCUCAAAUAUUACCGUAUUAGUGUUUGACCAUGCUAUAUUAUUCGCUAAUAUCAGCUGGAAUCAAAGCAGCAAAAAGAUUGAAAUCUACCGCCGGCCUAUCCCUCUUGAACUUCUAUUGCUAUCUAAAACGCAACAGGAGAAUACGCACACAUCUUGUCUUAGACGAUUCUCGUUUCUUGGGUUUAUGAAGGCUAGCAGCGCGAAUACCGUGAGCAAAGAAGCGUGGCCCAUAACCUUUCUUCAUUUGGGGAAAACAGGUUAUCAGAUGACUCUGUAUGCCUCCUCUGAAGCGGAUCAAGAGAAAUUGGUGGAGCUUAUCGGCACCGCUCGCGAGCGUCUGCGAGUUUAUCCCGAAUCCUUCAAUCCCAACAUAGUCUCUAUCAAUUUCUUCAAGGACUCAAGAAAAAUAAAUUGUGCUGUAUCUUUUGAUCACAGGCGGAAAAUAUUGUAUGGCACAGACAACGGCCUCUAUCUUUCCAACCGCGAGAAGCAUGAUUCGGUCCCCGAGAAAGUGCUUGACGUCCAAAAGAUUACUCAGAUCGAUAUUUUGGAAGAGUACAAUCUCCUACUGAUAUUGUCGAAUAAUAUUUUACAAUCUUAUUCCCUCGUGAAACCGGAUUCCAAUGAUUUUACGAUCCUACAAAAUCCGAAGACACUUCAGAAAAAAUGUACCUUUUUCAAGGUCGGAGUCUGCGUAGGAAAGCACAUGGUGUCGUGUGUUAAGUCAGGCUCAUUGUCAAGUACAAUCAAGGUAUUUGAAGCAAGUCAUACGGCAACCAGUGGUGAAUCUAUAGAUGGCGGCCACAAUGACCUUACACUGUCCAAAGAGUUCUACAUCCCCAAAGAAACAUUUUCAGUGCACUUCUUGAAAUCAAAAAUUUGCUUCGCCAGCCGUCAAGGGUUUGAAGUUGUCUCAUUAGAGACGCUCGAAACUCAGACGCUUCUUGACGAAACAGAUGCCUCCAUCGAGUUCGCUCUCCAGAAUGGCCCUAGGCCUAUUCAUAUACAGCGAAUCGAUGAAGAAUUCCUUCUUAAUUACACUGACUUCUCAUUUUUCGUUGACCGCAACGGUAAGCGAUCUCGACCGCAGUUGCGAUUGGACUGGAAUGGAUCACCUCAAAGGUUUGCUUUAAGCUAUCCUUGGAUAUUUGCAUUCGAGUCAAAGUUCAUUGAGCUGAGAAAUAUUGAGACCGGGGCAAUUCAUAUUAUACCCCACAAAAAUCUCCGUAUGCUUCACUGCAGCUCUCACGAGGAUGAAAUGAGCCAAGAUGUUGUUGAAUCUAUUAGUCUUUAG